AUGACUCAGAUGAAGGGUCUUGCUGGAUGGGCUAGAACUGGUGGACAUAACGCCUGGGUGUUCAAUCACACGACUACGUUUGCAAUUUCAAGAGCCAAUGCCAUCAAGUCUCCUGUAAAUCGUGCGGCGCUGAGCCUUUUCCAGAUAUUCAGGCCUUACAGUACUCAGCAAUCCAAUGCAACUACAUCACCCGAUCUAAUCUCCUCACCGAAGCUAGCUGCUUCAUGCUGGAAUAUGAAAACUUCUUCCCUUCACAGUAUCAACGCGAAAGCUCCGCUCCGUCCAUCUCUCAAUAGCUCUCGAUGGAUUCGUCCCAAAGUACGCAUCAAAGGUAGUUCAUUGCCGAAUCUUCCCAUCAUAGAGAACAAAAAGCUUUUGAACGACGCUUUACAUGGUGGGGGUAAAUCACGAAACGAGUUCAGGCGAUUAGCGGUAUUAGGAGAUCGAUUCUUUGAUAUGUGUGUUGUAGAAGCCUUGUGGUCGUACACGUCGAGCCCUGCGUCGAUAGCCGAGAUCAAAAGACAUCUGAUCAGCAAUAAAUCACUCGCUUAUGUCGCACUAGCUUACAAUCUACAUCAGAUGAUCAAUAAAUCAGAUUCAGGCGCCAAAAUGGAAUCGCUCACCCAAGGUCAUAUGGCUUCGGCGCUGGAGGCAUUCGCUGGAGCAGCGUGGAAAGACGCGAGAAAAGGGGGUCGUGAAGCGGAAGUACUCCUAUGGGGGGAAAAUUUGUUUAGUCCUGAGAAUUGGAUAAAUCUAGUUGACCAAAUACGUAAAGUCGAGCUCAUACAUGGGCAAGCUACAAAAUUUUCCCUCCCGACGUCAGAGCUUUUCUCUCAUGAUCCCACCCACUUGCUGUCGAAUCCUGGGUCCUCUGAUGGCGGCUUGAAAUCGCGACCAAGAGCCUUCGACGUUGACCAUACCCCUACCCUUUCGAGCAGAGUGCGGGAAUUGGAAAAUCGGCUAGUCAAGUUGGAACACCUUGUCACCGGAACGCCAGACCUUAAUUCACAAAACUCCGACCUGAACGAUACCGUGAUCUUGGAUCACGUUGAAGAAUCUGCUGUUGUAAGUGAAGCUACAUCGAUCAUCGCAAACUCGAAAAGUAAUGAAACAGAGUGGGAGGUCCCAGACUCCAAACCAGAAUGGGCACCUGCUGUUGUACCGGUCGACUUUCAAGCUCUUCUUCCACUGCCCACCUGUAAAGAUGGAACCUCUUUACGAGAUGCUGUUCGCGAACUCCCCCUCACAUCUUUAAAGGAAUACAAAAGGCGAGGCUCGCAGGUCUUCACAUUAAAAAUGAAACAGCUCAUUGCACCACAUUGUCAAUACUCUGUCACCUUCAACUAUGUGAUGAGCUGCCAUCAUGCUUACCCGACAUUGUCCUCUCUCGCAAAAUUCUAUGCUCUCACAGCAACAAACAUACAGGCAAACGCAUCUCCGCGUCAGACUUUCAAAGCAAAUUCUAACACAUUCUUGGCUCACGUCGGCGCUGCAUCAAAACUUGUAAAACACGACCAAUAUCAGGCUUGGCUCGAUCGUUUAACGUCAGAGAUUGUAUGGGUCGGUAUAGCUCCUAUGGCUGCGAAGUACGAGAAGCGUUUACCGUAUAAGAGUAGGUAUGAGCAUCAAACCGAGCUACAACCACUAGCCGAAUCAUCGCCAAUCACACUGGACUCCACCCCAGAAAAAGUCGACCCAACAAAAUCCCCAGUGGAAGUGAAGACUAAAGCUCUAUCUCUGCUCAUCACGUGCAAUGAAUCGAGUUUACCUCCAUUAUUAGAACAACAAAAACUGAAGGAAAACGUAGCGAACCCAUCAGAAUCAAUGAUUAUCCAUCUCCACAGUGGCACUCAUUCCACCAUCCUCAAAAUAGUGACUGAGGCUCUUAGGUCUUCUGGAUAUACUGGGACCUUACUAGUAGCAGCGACUGGGGUACUGAGCUCCACCCGUACGAUGUCUCAUCUAGCUCGCUACUAUAGAUUUGACCAGAGUCCAGAGGGGUUACCACGUUCUCAGAUUGAAGCUGUGAGAUGCUUUCGUCAGUAUAUCUCUGGUCUGUGGCAUAAGAAAUCCAUUGGUGAAGAACGGAUUACUGCAUGGUUCAGUACCAUCUUCGGACCCGAUGUUUGGCCAGGACUGAAAGGCUAUGCGUCAAAGCUGAAUGCUGAAUAUUACAAGCAAAUUAAAGAACAAAUCCAUUCGAGGGUAGAGGAUAACUCCGAUUUUGUAGGUAAAAAUCUUCGAGCAAAAACCACGGGAGAUAUUAGCUCGCAGGAGGCAGGUUCGAUUACAUUGCAAGACCAUCCAAUUGGAGACGGCGAAGAUCCAACGCAGCCGAUGACCAUGAAUGAACCAGGGGACAAGUUCAUGGAAUCAAAUUUUGACGAAAACCUGAUUGAAGAAGAACAGGCGGGUAAUGCAAUCUCCUUGAACACCGCGAAAUGUAACCUGGCGGUCGACUGGUAUUCAGAUCAUUUUACAUCUCCAGACUUGACACCGGUGCUUGUUUCAGUCGGUGCCACAUCACCACAUGACAUAAUUAUACCAGGAGAAGACAGUAUCGAUCUUGAAGAAGAUGAAUUUGGCUCACUCGACAUGUCACUACCUCGUCCGGAAGGUCAAGUGAAUAUUUUGAAAGAGGAGAUUUUGAAUAAGAGUAAUAAAACAAUGGGAUUGGAACGAAAUAGGUAG